GUUUAGACGGUAAACCUGAGCCGGUGUCGAAUGAGAUCAGUCAGGUGCGACUUCGGGCACGCGUGUAUAAUUUUUAUAGGGGUUCGUUAAUAUUUGUGUGUUCAUUAUAAGAAUUUCGAGGUAGAUCUCGUGAUGUGACGAACUGUGCGUUUUGUGGUGGAAGAAUCUACUUAUUUUUUUCUUCGUCGUAAUUUUUAAUAUCUAUUGACUGGUGCUGAGCAUCAAGGAAGAAGAAUCUCUUAUGUUCCAAUUUGGUUCCCAAUUUCUGCGAAAAACAGAAUGCCACGACUCGGUUUAUUAUCGCAAUGUCGAAAUACGGGCCACCUACCUCAACUAUCACCACCUUCAUCGCCACUGAGCAGCCCCAUCACAGACUUAUCAUCGAGAAGUGUCAGCUCAUCAUCGCCUCACUCGCCACUGUCAAGCUCGCGACACAGCGCCUUCUCAUUAGUAUGCCCAAGAGACUUUCAUCGUACUAAAGACUUUUUGUCACCUAGAGAGAUGGGAUCGUUAAUGUACGGUAAUCCCUUCAGCCCCUUAGUUCCGGCAGCGUACGCACCAUACGUUUGGCCACCACUAUUUCUACCAUAUUCUUCAUUGCACAGGCCUGAGACGCGCAGUCCUGAACAAUCUAACGACCAAAGAUACACACCGGAAAAGGCCAAAGUUGAGGAAGAUACACCGUUAAAUUUGUCGCUAAAGGGUAGAUCGCGAACGCAUAGUAUUUGGUCACCGGGUAGCUUGUGCGAGCAAGAGAUAAAGUCGAGAUUGGAGGUAAAGCCGGAUUCGAGCGUAGGGGUUGUAACGAGUAUUGAGAAUCAGUGGCGAACGUGGGACAAUACGGAACGAGAACAUCACGUCAAGAUCAGUCCGGUAGGGUCCAGCGGAGAAAAAACAUUUACGUGUCAACAGUGUGGGAAAUCGUUCAAAAGAUCGUCCACACUUUCGACCCAUUUGCUCAUCCAUUCCGAUACCAGGCCGUAUCCUUGCCAGUUUUGCGGGAAGCGCUUCCACCAAAAAUCUGAUAUGAAAAAACACACCUACAUUCACACCGGUGAAAAGCCUCACAAAUGCGUGGUGUGUUCAAAAGCUUUCAGUCAGUCCUCCAACUUAAUAACGCAUAUGCGUAAGCACACCGGAUACAAGCCCUUCUCCUGCGGCAUGUGCGAGAAAGCUUUCCAACGCAAGGUUGAUCUUCGGCGACAUCGGGAGUCUCAACAUCCAACCGCUCCAGAGAUGCCCAUCACCUCGAGUUAUAACUAUAAGUGUUUGAAGCAGGAAGACGAAAUCAAAGAGGAAGUUACCAGUAGCAGUUAGAUUCUUAAGAGAAUUUAAGGGGAAACGAAGUAUGCCUUUUAAAUUAAGUGCCAUUUUGUGAUUAAGUGCCAUGGUGAUUUAGAAAUGCGAUAGAAAAAUAAAUUAAAAGUGAUAAUUAACUUAGUAAAUGGCCACUAUUAUUAAAAUCCUUUAUUAUUCUCUUCUGACACGCGACUUAUUAUUUGAAUAAGACACAUGUCGCACGAUUCUCAUCAAGUACUCGUUUCCCAAUUAAGUGUUGAAAUAAAUGAAUACGGACUUUGCAUGACGUACAUUUCCGUCCAUUUCUUUUAGUGCCUUGUCGAUAUAGGACAGACAUAUAACCGUCCAUUUCUAGACUUGUAAUUAUUUUAAGAAACUUUUUAGUUCUUGGCAAACCAAAGUUUGAUUCCUUAAAGGACUGCCUUACAUCGAUAGGUUACUUUUGUACCUGAUGGUGAUCAUUUUGUUAUUGUUAAUGUUUAUAAAACUAACAUUCUAAGGACCAAUCAAUUCUAAGAUAGCAUGCUAGCGACCAUUUGUAAAUAUUCUCUCAUCAUGUAUAUUUAAGCACACCCUUGUACAUUUUUGGGACAGAGGACCAGUCUAGUCUAUGGAAAAUUUUUAUUUUAGGCGUUCUAUUUUAUAAGUCAUGUUAAUGUGAAAGAAAGGGCACCGUUGAUAUACUAACAAAAACACAAUUUCCAAAAAUGGAAUAAUCCAAAUGUCUAUAUGAAUGUUGUAAAAAUUGUAAUUAUCUGUAAAAUAAAAAUGAAAUUCACACACAUAAAGCUUGUUUGCACUAAAAAUCUACGCAAGUUUUGUUUAAAAGUUUUCUUAUUACCGGACGAGAACUUUUAACAAAACUUUCAUACAGCUUAUAAACCAAAGAUAGUUUAAGUAAGAUUCUAAUUUUAGUAUUAAGUGUAAUUCAAAAGCUGGUGCCUUUUUUAACUUGUUAAAAAGUCUUUUAGGUGUAAGUUG